CCACCGCAACCACAGCUUCCAAACAAUCGCUCUCCUACGGUACUCACCGCCCAAACCACCACUCAUCAUUCAACUACCACGACCGGAAACAUGGCGGAUAACACAGAAAACCCCCUACUCUCGACUUCACGUGCAUCAGACACAAGUCCCAUCGUUCAAUUACAUCCACUCGUACUUCUCACAAUAACAGACUGUAUCUCACGACACACAUUACGACAACAGCCAGGACCAGUGGUUGGAGCCAUCCUCGGCGCCCAAAAUGGUCAAGAAGUCACAAUGGAGGUAGCUUUCCAAGCAAAGCUAAACUCAAGUGCUAAUGGAGAGGUAACGCUCGAUGACGGUUGGUUUAGCAAGCGGUUGGAAGACUUCAAAGAAGUACACAAACAGCCUCAACUAGACCUUGUCGGCUGGUUCACGCUUGGCCCAGCUUCUGGACCAGGUCCCCACAUUCUCCCGAUCCACUCGCGCAUAACAGAGUUAUACAACGAGUCGCCUAUUCUCUUGCUGUUUCAUCCAGAGAGCGCCUACACAGAAGCCACAGCCGCCGGCAAGCUGCCACUCACUCUUUACGAGUCACUUUCUGAGAAUGCACCCAACGACCCCAAUGACAAGGCGAUGGACAUCGAUGGCGCAGCCCAGGCAAAGGCUAUCAAGUUCAGGGAGCUGGUGUACUCGGUAGAGACUGGCGAGGCUGAGAUGAUCAGCGUGGACUUCGUUGCUCGCGGAGGAGGCAACGCCACCGCUGUGGAGGGUUCUGUAGAGGCAUCUGCUCCUACAGCGGAGACUUCGAAGACCAACGAGAGCGCAGGCAAGAAGGGCAAGGGAAAACAAAAGGAGAAGGACAGCGAGAAGGAUGCGCCCAUCGACGAGGCAGCAGUGCUGGACGCAGACGACGAAGAGAUUCUCUCGUCACUGAUCGCAAAGAUGAACGCUGUCCGCAUGCUCAGUCGUCGUGUCGCGCUUCUCCGCGCCUACCUCGACGCACUACCACCAUCGUACCUCUCAGAUCCAUCUCUCCCACUGAGCGCGGCUCCAGACGCCCAACAUCCGCUACCACUAGACCAUACUAUCCUCCGCAGCAUCUCAGCCACACUUGCGCGCAUCAAUAUCCUCGCUCCACCAGACUCUAAGGCGUUCACACUCGAAUCACAGCAAGAAGCAUCAGAUGUUCAGCUUGUGAACCUCCUAGCGUCUAUUACCAACUCCGUAUCCUCAGCCAAGGAACUUGGCCGCAAGAGUCAAAUCGUCGAGAACGCCAAGAGCCAGGGCAAGAGUCGUAUGGGCAACAUCAUGAGUGGCUACGGUGGACCACCUGAGGGCAACUUUUUCGAUAUCGGCGGUGGCGCCGGUGGCAUGAGAGCGGGUGGUGAAAGGUGGUCAUAAGCACUCCACCCUCCUCGUGCCACCACACGACCGUUUGAUUUUGAAAAGAUGGCUAACAAGACCAAAGCGUUGCUCCUAGCAUCGCACCCAGCAUGGACCCGAGCAUUGCGCCAAGCAUUGCAAAACCGAGCAUUAGAAGGAAGAUGACAGCAUGGGUGGAACGCGCACGAUCUCGACUUUCGCACAUGAAGACCCAACUGAAGGCCUCCCCGGUACAGGCAGCCAAGACGAUCAAGCAGCGGUUUAGUGGCUUGAAUCUCAAUGGAUCCGACGACGGAGAGCAACGGUCAACGUCGAACGCUUCAGCUGUAGGGUGCCUACUUAAGGGCACGAUUGCUCCCGACAACAGCGUGGAUACCGAGGUGACGCUGGUCAGCGAUGGUAGCACAAGUGUCAGUUCCUCAGUGUGGUCGACGACCGGUCAUGCAUGAUGGUCACCAUUAGCAUAGCAUUAGAAUACAAUGAGUAUC